AGCGCAGAGAGGGGAUGGUGCCCGGAGGCGCCGAGAAGGAGGCGCAGUCCGUCCCGCAGGGUUAGUGAACGAGGCUGUCCGCCCGGGCCGGCCGGGGACUGUGCGGUGCGGGUCCCAGCAUGAGUUCGGGUCCCGCCUGUGAACCCUGCAUCAAGCGACCCCGCUGGGGCGCCUCUGAAACUUCGCCGGCCGCCUCCGACGCCCGGAGCUUCCCCGGCGGGCAGAGGCGCGUCCUCGAUCCCAAGGACGCUCCUGUGCAGUUCAGGGUCCCACCCUCCUCGCCAGGCUGCGUCCCGGGGUGGGCGGGACCGCACAGAGGCAGCACCACCUCGCUUGUUUUCAAACAAAAGACUAUUACCAGUUGGAUGGAAGCUAAAGGAAUCAAGACAGCUGAAUCAGAAAGUUUGCAUAGUAAAGAAAACAACAAUACAAGAGUAGAAUCCAUGAUGAGUUCUGUACAAAAAGAUAACUUUUAUCAACAUAACAUGGAAAAAUUAGAAAAUGUUUCUCAGCUAAGUAUUGAUAAAUCACCAGUUGAGAAAAGUACACAGUAUUUGAACCAGCAGCAGACUGCAGCUAUUUGUAAGUGGCAAAAUGAAGGAAAACACACUGAGCAACUUUUGGAAGGUGAACCUCCAACAGUAACUCUGGUAUCAGAACAGUUCAGUAAUGCUAACGUUGAUCAGUCACCUCAAAAUGAUGAUUACAGUGACACAUAUAGUGAGGAAAGUAGAGAUAAUCAACAGUUUUUUAUACCUGUAAAGCUUGCCAAUGCAAAGCAGACUACAGAAGAUGAACAGGCCAGAGAAGCCAGAAGCCUCCAGAAGUGCAGAAAGUCUUGCCACCUUGUGGAAGACUGUGCAGGUUGUCAACAGGAAGAGAUAGAUGUAGUGCCAGAGAGUCCCUUGUCAGACAUUGGCUCAGAGGAUGUCAGUACUGGACUGAAAAAUGCCAACAAAUUGAGUAGGCAGGAAAGUAGCCUAGGAAAUUCUCCUCCAUUUGAGAAAGAAAGUGAACUCGAGUCACCAAUGGAUGUAGAUAAUUCCAAAAAUAGUUGUCAGGACUCAGAAGCAGAUGAAGAAACGAGUCCAGGAUUUGAUGAACAAGAAGAUAGCAGUUCCACCCAAAGAGCAAAUAAACCUUCAAAGUUCCAAGCCAAAGAAGCUGACUCUGAAUUGAAGAAACAGUCAUCCGCUAAGGGAGGUGAAAUUCGGUUACAUUUCCAGUUUGAAGGAGAGAGUUGUGCUGGAAUGAAUGAUUUAAGUGCCAGUCUACCUGGAAGUACUUCUAGCCUGAAUGUAGAAGGCAGAAAUUCCAAGCAACAUGGGAAAAAGGGUUCUAAAAUCACAGAUCAUUUCAUGAGAAUGCCUAAAGCAGAGGACAAAAGAAAAGAACAAUGUGAAAGCAAACAUCAGAGGACAGACAGGAGGAUCCCUAAAUACGUUCCACCUCACCUUUCUCCAGAUAAGAAAUGGCUUGGAACUCCCAUUGAGGAGAUGAGAAGAAUGCCUAAGUGUGGGACCCAACUGCCUCUCUUGCGACCAUCUGCCAAUCACACAGUGACUAUCCGGGUAGAUCUUUUGAGGGCAGGAGAAGUUCCUAAACCUUUUCCAACACAUUUUAAAGAUUUGUGGGACAAUAAACAUGUAAAGAUGCCUUGUUCAGAACAAAACUUGUACCCUGUGGAAGAUGAGAAUGGUGAGCGAACUGCAGGGAGCAGGUGGGAGCUCAUUCAGACUGCACUUCUCAACAAAUUCACACGACCCCAAAACCUGAAGGAUGCUAUUCUGAAAUACAAUGUGGCAUAUUCUAAGAAAUGGGACUUUACAGCUUUGGUUGAUUUCUGGGAUAAGGUACUUGAAGAAGCAGAAGCCCAACAUUUGUAUCAGUCCAUUUUGCCCGAUAUGGUGAAAAUUGCACUGUGUCUGCCAAAUAUUUGCACCCAGCCAAUACCACUCCUGAAACAGAAGAUGAAUCAUUCCAUCACAAUGUCGCAGGAGCAGAUUGCCAGUCUUUUAGCUAAUGCAUUCUUCUGCACAUUUCCACGUCGAAAUGCUAAGAUGAAAUCGGAGUAUUCCAGUUACCCAGACAUUAACUUCAAUCGGUUGUUUGAAGGACGUUCCUCAAGAAAACCAGAGAAGCUUAAAACGCUCUUCUGCUACUUUAGAAGAGUCACAGAGAAAAAACCUACUGGGUUGGUGACAUUUACAAGACAGAGUCUUGAAGAUUUUCCAGAGUGGGAAAGGUGUGAAAAACCCCUGACGCGACUGCAUGUCACUUAUGAAGGUACCAUAGAAGGAAAUGGUCAAGGCAUGCUACAGGUGGAUUUUGCAAACCGUUUUGUUGGAGGUGGUGUAACCAGUGCAGGACUUGUACAAGAAGAAAUUCGCUUUUUAAUCAAUCCCGAGUUGAUUGUUUCACGGCUCUUUACUGAGGUGUUGGAUCACAAUGAAUGUCUUAUCAUCACAGGUACUGAACAGUACAGUGAAUACACAGGCUAUGCUGAAACUUACCGCUGGGCCCGGAGCCAUGAAGAUGGGAAUGAAAGGGACGACUGGCAGCGGCGCAGCACUGAAAUUGUCGCCAUCGAUGCCCUUCACUUCAGACGCUACCUCGACCAGUUUGUGCCCGAGAAAAUCAGACGUGAGCUUAACAAGGCUUACUGUGGAUUUCUCCGUCCUGGCGUUUCUUCAGAGAAUCUUGCUGCAGUGGCCACGGGAAACUGGGGCUGCGGUGCCUUUGGGGGCGAUGCUAGAUUAAAAGCCUUAAUACAGAUACUGGCAGCUGCUGUAGCUGAGCGGGAUGUGGUUUAUUUCACCUUUGGGGAUGCGGAAUUGAUGAGAGACAUUUACAGCAUGCACACUUUUCUCACUGAGAGGAAACUGACUGUUGGAGAAGUAUAUAAGCUGUUGCUACGCUAUUACAAUGAAGAAUGUAGAAACUGUUCCAGCCCCGGACCAGACAUGAAACUUUACCCAUUCAUAUACCAGGCCGUUGAGUCCUGCGCAGAGACCACCAACCAGCCAGGACAAAGGACUGGGGCCUGAGAAGCGGAGUAACUAGAACCUCCUUCCACCUCCUCGCAGAAACAUCCUGUAUGAAUUGUCAGGUGUAAUAUAUGAACUGACUUAAUAUAAUGUGUGCGUAAUCCACACUUGUAUGCAAGGAUGCCAUCCCUUCCACACGUAUGCAGUUGUCAGUUUGUACAUCCAAGUCCCCUCCAUCUGGACUUAUGUAAACUUAUAUAUAUUUUUUUCACUUUUUCCUAUUUCAAUCUUCACUCUUUGAUUGUUCUUCCUUUGCCCAUCAGAUUUCUUGUGAAGUCCCAUGAAAGGUUAUGCUCAUCCUAUCAGGUCUCUUUUUGAUGCCGGUGUAUUAUACAAAUGGCCUCUGCAGCCACAGAUCCAGUAGCUCCAGGGAGGAAGUUGAAGUGCACGAAUCUCUUCAGCUGGGUCUGCUAAAGCUCUCUCCAGGGGCCUCUCAUCCCAGCUCUUGUUAUGAUUACAUUGUCUGAGGUUUUGAAUUUUGAAAACUAAGAGCUGGGUUUUUUUCAUUCAUGUUAUAUAAUUCAAAUCUCCUAAGUUAAAACAAUUUUUUAUUUAAGACAGAAUAAUUUCCAGAAAUACUUAUUUUGAGACAUUACCUUUAUCUGUUAUAGUUUUUCUGUCCUUUUUUCCCUCAUCAAUUUUUAUUGAUAAUGGUUUUAGAAACUGACCAAGAUGGAAAAAAAGGUAGAAUAAGAGAGAAUUUCCCCAAAUGAUGUUUAAAAAAACUAGAUUCAAGAGAGUUGAAGGAUUUUUUGUUUCUUGGGAUUUUUUUUUUCUUUUUAAAUUAGGAUUAUUGUUUGUUCCUUGGUGCUUAAGGCAUCAUCAUACAACCAAAGUUUACGAACUGGGAACUUAAGUGCUGAUUUGUUCAUAUUGAAGUUGCUCUGGUAUUCAAGGUUAUAUAGUUAAUAAAUUUUCAUUAACAAUCAUUUGUCAGAAACUCCCAUAUUAUCUAUAUUUAUAUGUAAUAUAAAUAUAUCUUCUUUAAGUGUGUCUCUGUGCAACCACAUAAAGUCUAAAUAAAACUGGAGUUGUGGAAAAUGAUUCCGU